AAUAUAUAUCAAUACAGUCUGCAAGGGAUACAGUCCGUAAGCACACAUGAUUGUGCGUGUUGCUGGUCCACUAAUAGUACUAACCUUUAACAGUUAAUUUUACUCAUUUUCAUUCAUUACUAGUUUCUAUGUAACUGUUUUUAUAUUGUUGUACUUUCUUUUUUAUUCAAGAAAAUGUUUUUAAUUAAUUUAUCUUAUUUUACUAAUUUUUAAAAAAAGUACCUUAUCUUCACCAUACCUGGUUGUCCAAAUUAGGCAUAAUAAUGUGUUAAUUCCACGACUGUGGGCUCUGUACCGAGGAUGUCGUUGUGGCUUGUACAGCCCUUUGAGACACUUGUGAUUUAGGGCUAUAAAAAUAAACAUUGAUUGAUUGAUUGAUUAUACAUAUUGAACAAACUGAUCAAAACAUCUGCAGUACUACUGUAUCUGCACUAAGUUGUGAAAAACAGUGUGUGCAGACAGAUUGUCUAAAAAGACAGAAGGCGAUUACAGCUUGCCAGCCUCAAACUGAAUUUGUAUGUGAAAAAUGUGGAUAACAUUUAAAUGUGCUCAGCUCAUUUUGUAUCCGGUGUGUAUGGACACAUUUUUACCUGUUUUUUGUGACUUAAAAAAAAACAACAUGUUGCUAAUACACAAGAAUUCGUUUUUAUUUAGGCGUGGAAAGAUGACAUUGGCAAAUCUCCAUUGCUUGCCUCACCCCACAACAAGAUAAGUGUAAACACUAAACACUAAACAGGCAACCGCUUUUAAAGUCUGUUGCUGUAUAAACUUGGAGAAAAGAUUAGGGAUGAGAAGCUGACCUGAAAUUAUUGGAACAACUAAUACAAAUAAUAACAGAGAAUUAUGUUUUUUUAAUAUAGUUUUACUGCUGAGUACACUACUACCACGGAGAAAUUAGUGUAUGUGUUAUGAUCCGUGGCAACAAAAAAAAAAAAAAAAAAAAAAAAAACACACACUGACAUUUUUAAAGGAGCACACACGCUACUUUCACAACACCCGCCGUUAGGUAGGAGACACACCUGUCUUUCUUGAUAUCCUAUUGUAGUUACAGUGAAUCCCACGGAUCUCUAUGCUUGUUUUUUUGUUGUUGUUUAUUUGCGUGCUUGAAAAGGACUUCCUGUAUUGACGGAAUGGACAUCCUGGUUCUGGUGGGGUUUUGCCAUCUGCUGGCACACAGAGUGGAAGGGUAUGGCGUGAGGACCACAUUCGUGAAGCAGGGAACGGAUGUGCUCUUCGAAGUGAACAAAGCAGUUGAAUUUACAGAGACACAUGACGAUUUAAAAUGGAGGUUCAAUUCUACUGACCCCAUAUUGAAAUUUGAAAAAGGAAAAAACAAAACAUAUCCCGCCUACGUGACAAAAAUUAAUAUUCGAGGGAAUUUUUCGUUCCUUUUAAAAAAUGUUCAACUGUCUGACAGUGGACAUUACGCUGCAGUGCUGGAAGGUGGUGAAGUUAAGGCAGAGUACGACGUUCAAGUGGAAGCUCCAGUGUCAUCUGUCCAGCUCAUGGUGACGUCGAUGUCCGCCAUUAACGACCUGUGUAACAUCAGUGUGAAUUGCACAGAAGGCCGCGAGUCCAUCGAAAGCACUUUCGAUUGCGAGCGUAACAACUGCAUCACGCACAACCCGACCUCCGCUGUGCAUCUCCAGGUCUUCUUCUCCAAUGUCUCCAUCGUCUGCAAUAACAGCAACAACGUGAGCUGGGCCACGACAGCAGUGGAGGUUCCUGACGUGUGCACUCAAAGUAGAGCCACAGCACCUUACAAAAGCCUAUACUGGAUCUGGAUACUUAUCGGUGUUAUUGGUGGACUAGGAGGACUUGGCUGUGUUCUUUACAAGUUUAUUACUUCAAGAAAUCGAAUGGACCCCGCAUCGACCGAAUAUGCAGACUUGCGCAAAAGAAACCAUGAAACUAUUUCGAUUGAUGAUAUUCUGGAUCUUUCUGCAAACGGCACAUAUGCCCUGGUAGGAUUUCCAACGGCUCCGCCGGAACCCCCUACGGCUGACAACACCUCACCAAAGUCUAUCUAUGCUCAAGUCAUGAAAGAAAGCUGAAGGAAAAGACCUGCUGUCUGCUCUGCUCGUAAAUACAUUUGAGUCCAGAACCAAACGCCAUUCUAUACGGAUCUGGACCUAUAGGCAAUUAUUUAAAGGCCUACUGAAACCCACUACUAUCGACGACGC